GCAAUUACUGUAAAUUUGUACAAACUGAUUUGUUGCAUUAUCUUGCUAAUCUAACAUACAGUACUUUUUGUGUCCAUAUUGCAGACGGCAACUCCAAACUAACAUGGCAGUCAGACUGUGUGAUGUGGCUUCUCUGCUUAGAAGUGGUUCGUGGGCAGCAGAGCCUUGGACUGGGCAGGUAAUUGCUGCCAUGGAAACACAACUGUCUAAUGGACCAACUUGUAAUAACACAGCCCAUGGUUCAGCCACCAUAAACAAUUGCUCAUCACCAGUUGAUUCUGGAAACACAGAAGACAGCAAGACCAAUUUAAUAGUCAACUACCUUCCACAAAACAUGACACAAGAGGAACUGAAGAGUCUUUUUGGCAGCAUUGGGGAGAUAGAAUCCUGCAAGCUCGUCAGGGACAAAAUAACAGGACAGAGCUUGGGUUAUGGUUUUGUGAACUACGUUGACCCCAAGGAUGCUGAGAAAGCUAUCAAUACUCUGAAUGGAUUGAGACUUCAAACUAAGACUAUAAAGGUUUCUUAUGCACGACCAAGUUCAGCUUCUAUCAGAGAUGCAAAUUUGUAUGUUAGUGGACUUCCAAAAACAAUGACUCAGAAAGAACUGGAACAGCUCUUUUCCCAAUAUGGACGCAUUAUUACUUCUCGUAUUCUGGUUGAUCAAGUCACUGGGGUGUCACGGGGCGUGGGGUUUAUCCGGUUUGACAAGCGAAUUGAAGCAGAAGAAGCUAUCAAGGGCUUGAAUGGCCAGAAACCUCCAGGUGCCACAGAGCCCAUCACUGUAAAGUUUGCUAACAAUCCAAGCCAAAAAACCAAUCAGGCCAUUCUUUCCCAGCUGUACCAUUCUCCAAACAGAAGGUAUCCCGCCCCUCUAGCUCAGCAGGCUCAACGUUUUAGUAGGUUUCCUCCAAUGACCAUUGAUGGAAUGACCAGUUUGGCCGGAAUUAAUAUCCCUGGACAUGCAGGAACUGGGUGGUGCAUUUUUGUGUACAACUUGGCCCCUGAUGCUGAUGAGAGUAUCCUCUGGCAAAUGUUUGGACCCUUCGGAGCAGUGACCAAUGUGAAGGUCAUCCGUGACUUUAACACCAACAAGUGCAAAGGUUUUGGAUUUGUGACUAUGACAAACUACGACGAGGCAGCUAUGGCAAUAGCCAGCCUGAACGGAUACCGCCUUGGUGACAGAGUAUUGCAGGUCUCCUUCAAAACAAACAAAACGCACAAAGCCUAACAAGUUAUUCUCAGUGCAUUAAUACGUGAAAACUAUACAACAAAGGCAAUUUACAAGAAGCUUUAUGCAUUAGUAAAUGCCUUUGUUGUAUGCCAGUGUGGAAAUGGGGAUAAAAUGACUACUUAGCAUCCUAAGAAUAUGUGAGAUUUUUUUAUUGCUAAUAUUUGAAUUAGAACUUCUUAACUAUCUUUUGUGUUUGAGUAUUGACAAGAGGUACAGGGUUUUUACCUGUCACAAUGCAUAUUCUAUUGCCUUCUUUGAAGAAGGUGGACCUUUUAAAAUGUUUCAGCUAAGGGAAGAAGUUUUUUUUUUCUUUCUACAUGACUGCCUUUAAUCUAUGAGUAAAUAUCGAGGCUUUGUGUAAUACUAUAUUUUUUUUGUCAUUUUUUGAUUUGCUUUGUGUUUAAUUUACGUUGUAAUGCAUUAUUGUUUUGUUGUUCAAGAGAAUUAUCUGAAGUUUACAUUUUAUUUAUAAAGUUAUAAGCAGUAUUUAUUUCAUCAUCUUCAUUUGGGUUGGGGAGUGGGAACACAUUAUAAAAGCUUAUUGUAAGAAUACUGGAGAACUUUUCGUAAAGCAGUACCUUGCCAAAGAGAUAAGAGCCUCUUUGAUGUGGGUUUAAAGAAGCAUCUAUUUUUAUAAAAAAAAUAAAAAAUUUGGAGAAACUUUUUACUGGUCCUGGAACAAAUAUUUUGACUUGAAUACUUUGAGAAAUCUCUUCAUAUGACACCUAGUGAGCUUUUAAAACUUACCAGGAAAUUUGCAGUUGUUGGGAAAAAAUUUAGAAAGAUUUAUGAUGUAGAACUACUUUUGAGACCUUUGUAUUAAGAAGUAAAGUCAAUGGGAUGCACUGUUGGUUUCAUUUUUUGUAAUCAUCAGUGGAGUCAUUGAUCAUCCUGGUUAUUAAGUGAUAGGUGGCUCACUUUAAUUUGUGAUUUUGAAGCAAAUGAAAAUUUAAAAAAAAGAAUAUAAGAGCAAGCAGAAAACUUAAAACACUGAGAUAUGGGGGAAAAAAAAAAUCUGUUCUUCCUAAAGAAUUCCCUUCAGAUAGAGCUCAAGGUGUUUAGUGAUGUACUCGCUAUUGUUUGAAGAAUUGUUUUGUCUUAAGAAAAGACAUCAAGCAUGAUUUGUGCAGUAGCAAAUCAGCCGAAGUGGCCUGAGUUGGAUAUAUUAGGAGGUAUUUUGAAAGUUAUGUUCAAGGCUAACACCUGAGCUUUGUGUAAUGUAAAUAAGAACUUAAGUUAUGAACCUUUCAGCUAAUUUUGAUUAUAGUUUUUUUAAAAGUUACAUGCCAAGUGAUGUUCAAUUUUGAAUGUUUUUGUAUAAGUUUUUUCUUUGUAAAUGGCAUUAACAUUGUUACUUGAGGUCUGCUUCUUCUUUUCUGUUCUCUUCUUUUUUUUUUUUUGUCCUGAGGACUUGAAUUUACAGUGCAUCAGAUCUGUUGCUAUUUUUGUCUGUAGAUAGUCUAGCUUCAGCUGUUUAUGGUGAUGCAACAUUUUUGUUUAUAAAUAUGUUUGUGGUAAAAAAAAAAAAACAAGUAUAAACAUAUGUUUUGAGCAAAUUUCCUUACAUUUUUCAUAAGAAAACCAUAAAUACCUGUAUGCUAUUGAAGUUUAACUUUGUAUGAUGCUUAAAUCACUAUUUGGGGAAAUAGAAAAAGUCUUUACCAUGUAUUGAAGAAAUUUAAGAAAAACAAAUACAGAAUAUUUUCUGAUUAGCAUCUAGCUUAUAAUUAAAUUUUUAAAAAAAAGCUGAGGGUUUGAUGCCUUCACCAGGAUGCACUGACAACUAUGUAGUUACGUCCUGCUUUUUGUAUAAACUGAGAUGCUCAUAUGCUUCCCCUUAGAAAAGCAAUGUUCUAUGCAUAACAUAGUUGUACACUAUCUUUGCAGUUGUUUUUGGUUCUUAUUCUUUUAAAUUGUAGUUAUAAAAUUUUCAGUAUAGUACAGUACAUAUACUGUGAAGCGCGUGCUAAAGUGAAUAAGCAAGUUUUCAUGCUGACCCACUCAAUGCUAUUCAAAAAUCAAUUGGCUUCCUGAGUACUUCUUCAUUCUUAGAUGCAUUUAGAUUGUUAAAGCUAAUCCUCUGCAUUAAAAGUUGUAUAUAGUAUAGAAAUUACAAACUUUCCAAUGUGGGAGAAAUAGUAGCUACAUGCUUCUUUCCUAUACUACUGUAGCAACUAACGGCAUUGAUGAGAAGGCAUGUAAAUUGGGCUUCACUUUACAGUGUUUAUCAGAGCACUUAGUAAAAUAUAAGGCUGGUAUUUAUUUGAAGUUGUAUAGUAUGACUUAAUUCACAUUUGUUGGAAUAGAGAAUAUAUUCUGUUGGGUAUUUAAGAGGUUGUACAUGUUUUCUUUUGUGUUUGGAUUCUUUGUACUUUUUCAUGUUCAGUACAUCAAUAAACAAAGUUGAAGGGAAAA